GACCGCGGUCGGAAGGAUUCCCCGUACGUCUGCGGGAGACAACGAUAUAAGAGUUCCACGGCCUGCGCACGUCAAAGUUUGGUUGGGAAGGGUUGGGAAGGGUUGGUCGGUUAACUGAAGGCCAGCACACCGUUCAGCGCAUGAUGUUCGAAUGUUGUUGCGAGAAACGCGAAUCUACAGACUCCGAGCGGGCAAUCAAACAUUUCCGUGCCGAAAGGACGAAACAUUUAUGAUUCUACGUGUUUUGUUCUGCGGUCUUUCGUGCGUGAAAGAGUGUGGCAAUGAUCUUUAGGCCGAUCGUAUAUGGCAAGAACAUCUGGCCUCCGGGAAUGCGGAUACGCGCUACCGUGAAGGGCCUUCAGCCACCCAUGAAUCCUCGAUAGUAUGAAAUCCUUCAAUUUUACACGCCCAAUUGCUUCUGCCUCCAACGCAACGCGCCCCGGCCCGCCCACGUGCUUGCCUUCGUCCCUUCCUUCCUUAGACCCAGACGCUUCAGCUGUGGAUUUUGCCGAUAACUUCCGGUCCAGUGUGCUCUGAUCCGUUUGGUGCGGCUGCGUUUGUUUCGAUUCUCGAGUGAUGAAUUGAAUACUGGGAUCUUGGAGAAUUUGAUCUCAGACCUUCCUGACCCUCGAGGGAAGGUCUGAAAUUCGAAGGAGAGGAAGGACGACAGUGAAUUAUAUUCGCAGCAUGAAUUGGGAUGCCAGUCCUGGAGUUGUUUGAUGAUCGCCCUGCAUCAUAUAUGAUUGCAGGAUAUCAGAAAACCUUCCAGAGACACAAUUAUCGUUUUUUUUUCUCCCUUCAAAGGCAAGUAUUGCGCCAUUUCUUUGUCCGUUGCAAACAGGUGAAUUGCCUCCGGGCUGGGAUUGCGAGGCCACGUAUACUAGAAACUUUCGAAAAUCAUCUUCUCACCAAGAAUUGGAGAUCACCAUGCCAGGCGUGACACUGGAGCUUUCAGAGCUCACAUCAACGCCUCCCAAGGCCUCCCCGCCCAAGAGUGGUAGUCCGACCCCAGCUUCUACACUUGCGGUGAGGCAUAAUGACGGCGACCAUUUGCUGGUGUUUGAAGGCAACGGUUUUUCUUACCUUUCUGUUCCUCCGCUCAUCUCAUCACCCACGGAAGAGGAAAAAAGACUUUGCUUCUUGGAUCACCGCAGAGAGGCGUGGGAUCCCAUGUCCGACAUGUGCUGCGUACGAGAUACCGGACACGUGCAUGCCCAUGUUCACCAUGGUGAAAUCACGGAAGAUAUUCUCCUUGAGCAGUGUAUGGAAGAAGCAGGGUGUGCUUUGCCAAUGCCGUGGGAUCUUGGAAGCAUUUUAACUCCAAUUUCUAGCGGUGAUGAUUCAGACCAUGAACACCAAGAAGGAUGUGGCCACAAUAGAAUAGCCCAUGGUGAUCACUUCGACUGGCUCAUUCCUCUCGAAGAUGGCUCGUACGUCUUGAGCCAUGCUCAAGAAACUGUUGAAGGUGGUUCUCAAUUUAUAGAGCAUGGCAGGCUUGUGAAAGUGGGGGAAUCUCUAGGCCAGCUGAAACGAAGGCCAAAACAGCUGGUCGACCUGUUCACUUACGAAGGACCCAAAAGAAUAGGAUAUGAAAGUCUUCCUAACGCGGAAGCUGAUAACAUCAACGAAAAAGGCAUCAUAGCCAUUGUGAAGUCACCAUCUCAUGGCUGCAUGACCUUAGCUUCUCCUGGAGCACCACUGAUUCAAGAAGAAAUGGUUAAAUUGAGUAUACCCAGAGGGUUCAAGGGCCCGGGAAUGACCAAGACAACUUUUGAUGUGAUGGGAAUAUGCUGUCCUUCAGAGGUUCCGCUCGUCAAGAAAAUACUGGAGCCUUUACCAGGUGUUGAAGAGGUUGCGGUGAACCCAACCUCCAAGACGGUGACCGUAGUCCACGAUCCAACUAUUAUGGCGGAUGUGCAACUCGUGAAGAUUUUGAAUGAAGCGAGAUUGGAUGCAACAAUUCAUCGGCGUGGUGUCAGGAGGAUGACUCAUAGAUGGCCGAGUCCGUGGGCCAUAGGCUCAGGCCUUCUUAUCAUUGUGGCAUUUUUCCACUACGUUUGGAACCCAUUGAAGUGGGUUGCUCUGGGCUCUGUAGCUGUGGCAGCUCCUCCCAUAAUCGUCCGCAGCUUGGUGGCCCUACGCAGAUUCGUACUGGACAUCAACUGCUUGAUGCUCAUAGCAGUUGGUGGUGCAAUAGCGUUGGGUGACUACUUGGAAGCAGGGUCUAUUGCUUUCUUAUUCACUAUCGCAGACUGGUUGGAGUCCCGUUCAAGUGAUAAGGCUCGAGAGGCAAUAUCGACUGUGGCCGAUCUUGCACCUCAGAGCGCUGUCCUCAUGGACGGACAAAGAGUUGCUGUGGAGGAUGUAAGCAUAGGGACAUUGCUUGCAGUGAAAGCAGGAGAACUCAUUCCAAUAGACGGAUUAGUAGAUUCGGGAAAGAGCUCCAUAGAUGAGAGCAACGUUACAGGCGAAUCCAAGCCUGUAGAAAAAACUGAUGGAGGUCUGGUAUGGGCUGGCACAAUGAAUCUUUCAGGUUAUAUAACCAUGAGGACCACGGCCUUGGCUGAGGACUCGGCCGUUGCCAGGAUGGUACGACUCGUCGAAGAUGCUCAAAAUCAGCAUUCUCACACAGAGCAGAUUGUUGAGAAAAUUGCCAAGUACUAUACUCCAAUAAUCGUGGUAGCGGCUUUGCUCGUAGCGACCAUACCCUGGGCCGUAGGUGUUCACAAUCCAAAACAUUGGAUGUACUUAGCUCUUGUGCUCCUCGUAGUGGCGUGCCCCUGCGCGUUGGUGAUAUCAACACCUGUGACAACAACAUGUGGGAUCGCUCAGGCUGCUCGAGCAGGAUUAAUAGUAAGAGGAGGAGGCUACUUGGAGAUGUUAGGGAAAGUCAAUGUGGUUGCUAUGGAUAAGACUGGGACAUUGACGGAGGGACACUUCCGGGUUUUAGAUGUCCACUCUAUGGACAGUACAAUCGAUUUAAAACGUAUUUUAUAUUGGGUUGCUUGUGUUGAGAACAAAUCUAGCCACCCGCUGGCACCAGCUCUCGUAAAUUAUGCUCGGCUCUUUGGAAUCGAGCCCACCGGGGAUGUGACAGAUUUUGAAAUUAUUCCAGGGGAGGGUGUAUCUGCGCUAGUUGAUGGUCAGAAAGUGAAGAUAGGAAACGCUCGUCUGGCUGCACAAUUUAGUGGGUUUCAAGAUAUUCAAUCCAACGAGAUAGUGGAGCAGUGGAGUAGUCAAGGAGCCACAAUUGGAUGGGUUGCCGUCAACGAAAGACCACUCGGUAUCUUUGGAGUGGCUGACUCGCUUCGACCUGAAGCAGUUGAAGCUGUAUCUGAUCUGAAGAAAAUGGGAGUCCAAGUUGUGAUGCUGACAGGUGAUAGUGAUGCUGCAGCUGCAGCUGCGCAUAGAAAGAUUGGAGAAAUCGACGUUUACGCGCAGCUCCUACCAGAAGAUAAGGUCAAUUGUGUCAAGGAUUUGAAAAAACGUGGUGUUACUGCUAUGGUGGGGGAUGGUAUAAAUGACGCACCAGCUUUGGCAGUGGCAGAUGUAGGCCUGGCGAUGGGAGUCGCAGGUUCAGCUGUUGCAAUGGAGACAGCAGAUGUAGCACUAAUGACAAAUGAUCUUCAGAAGCUGGUCGUGGCAAUCAAACUGGGAAGAAAUUGCAGGAGGAAAAUCAUACAGAACGUGUUUUUAUCGUUCUUUACUAAACUCACCAUAAUUAUUAUUGCCGCCGCAGGAUAUCCAAGUCUGUGGGCAGCAGUGUUGGCAGAUGUUGGGACCUGCCUGGUUGUGAUUUUUAACAGCAUGCGGCUUCUUAACAGGAAAAAGGGUGUAGUCUUGCCCAAAUUCGAAGCAAAAUCCAAGCACCAGCACAAAAAUCAGGGCCACCAUGAUCAUCACGACGACUUGUGCAACAACGAGGAUCACCAUGUUAGGCAGCAUCAUCACCAGCCUGGCAAGCACGACGAUAGUCAUCAUGAUCAUCAACAUGUAGUUGGGAAGAAAGACCCCGAUCACCAUCAUCAUCACACUGGAGAUUCGACCGACAGUCAUGAUCAUGAUCAUAACCAUGGCUAUCACCGUCUCGGAGUGAAAGUUCCGUGCUGGCCUCGUCGACAACACAGCCGUGAGAGGAAAGAGAGAGCAGGUUCAAGCAAGAAAUGUUGCUCUGGAUCAAAACCCGUGCGGAGGGACUUAUGCGGGCAGGACUCUGGCCUAAGCAAUAUGUGCUGCGCGGAACCUGGAUCAGAAAACAAGGGUAUGUCAGAAUCGAGGCCUUCUGCGGCGAGAAAAUGCUGCUCAGGAGCAGUUUCAGGAACGAAUUGUUCCAGUAGUCAUAAGACUGAUAGUAAGGGCUACAACGGUAAACAAACUGCUCCAAGCAUUGGAUUAUGCUGCACAGGACCAGAAUUGGCUAGAAAAUGUUGCACAGAACUAAUCGCUGGAGGGCACGACCACCACAAUCAUGCCCAAGGAAGAAAGGUUGACAUAUUGCGAGCUCUGUCGAUUGAAGAGAGUGUCGCGUUGCCACCUGGUUGCGAGGACAAUAUAGCGAGUACACCCAGAGUUGUCAGAAGAAAUUCAAACUGUUAUUCUGCAUUGAACUCUGGUCUUCAACGAUCGAACAAUGAUAGUCCGACCUACUCUUCAGAUAAGGUUGCAUCGGGAGUAAACGUAUAAACUUGAAAGAAACCUUGUACAUAGUGUUCUUGUAAUGUGAACGUCUAUCACUGUCUGUUGUAGCCGGAUAGGGGUUUGAGACGGGAGGGACUCAUAAUAGCCGUGUACUAUCUCUUUAGGGGAUAACCACUUUUGAAGAGGUACACUACUUUGUGUGAGCUUUGGGUAAGUAGAUUGAAUUAACUAGUUUUUUUCAAGGUUUACUUAGUAGAAGGAUUCGUUUUUUAUUUUCGUAAGGAGACGAGAGAUCCAAAUAUGUGAUAUCUUUCGUACUGGAUGUUUUUUUAUACUUGUAUACUAUUCUGUUGAAAAGUGGUAGAAUCU